AUAUUUUUAAAUAAAUAACCUUAUCUUAAAAGUAAUUGUCAGGUUUUGCAGACCACGCUUGGACACUUCAAAAUCAUUGUACCCGAAAGAUUUUAAUCUAAUCAGGCGAGAUGCAGAAAUUCGAAGGCGACACCAGAAACGCGCAGACCGGAACCGAUGACUACGAUCCCGAGGAGCACAGACCUCCAGAGCAGCUCACUACUGGCACCUUCGCCGUAUUCAUGCACCUCAUAAAAGCCGCGAUCGGCAGUGGUAUAUUGUUUUUACCUUACGCUUUUCGAAGAACUGGAUAUCUCGCGGCUAUCUUGUGCAGUAUUUUCAUCGGGACUAUAAGCAUUCACACGGCCGUGAUAACGGUGCAAUGCUGCCAGAUCCUGUGCAAGCGGUCGCAUGUACCCUCGCUGAAUUUCGCCGAGACGGCCGAGGCCUCGUUCAAACUGGGGCCCGAGCCGUUUCGAAAGUACGCCGGCGCCUUCGCCCUCGCCACCAACGUCAUCGUCUGUUUCGUCCAGUACGAGACGGCGGUCGUCUACUCGAUCUACGUCGCUUCGUCCUUCCAGCAGGUGUUUGAGUAUCUUUCCGGAUGGAACCACCAGGACGUGCGAAUCUACCUCCUCGUCUUUCUGCCAAUAUUUUGCGCUCUGUCGCUCAUCCCGAACUUCAAGUACCUCGUGCCCUUUACCAUAAUUGGCUCGAUUUGUCUGCUGCUGGGAUUUUGCACCACCUUGUACUACAUGAUAGACCAGUUCCCGUCGCCAAGCCGACUUGAAAUGUACACCGACAUCGAGCACCUGGCCAUCUAUUGCAGUGUCUUCCUGUUCGCUGUACACAACAUGUCGAUGCUCAUGCCUCUGGAGAACACGAUGCGCCACCCCCGCAGGAUGGGACUCGUGUUGGGCGUCUCGAUGAUCGUCAACGUCAUCGUCAACGUGACCUUCGGUUUUCUGGGUUACAAUAAGUAUCAAAACGCCUGCGACACGGUCAUUAAGAAUUUGCCGCUCGACGAGUUGCCCGCGCAGAUGGUGAAGGUCGCAGUUUCGCUGUCGGUGCUACUGACGUACGGACUUCAGUAUUACGUACCGAUCACUAUUCUAUGGCCGAUGAUCGCGAAGAGAAUAGGUAAUAAGCGCGUCUACGAAACAUUUUUUCGUCUGGGUGGAGUCAUCGCCUGUACUUCGCUGGCCAUAGCGUUGCCGCAUUUGGCGCAACUACUGGGCUUGUUUGCCGCGCUGAGCAUGACAACGGUAAUGUUGUUGAUUCCCGCGAUGAUCGAGAUCACGACCAAGUGGAACGACCCAGGACGAGCCAGGCAUUAUCUCAUGCUCGUCAAGAAUGUCUUCAUCCUAUUUGUUUGGCUGAUGAUUAUGGUUUUCGGUACGAUCGAGAACAUACGGGAUAUCUUGCGCGAGUACAGCGGCGCCGAGGAUCCUGACGCGGCGAUCUGCGGUUAGUCGACUGCAGCUGCGUCACACCACCACCUUCCGGCACUUUCUCUCUCUCCCUCUCGCGACUUCGCGAGGCUUCUCGAGCCGCGGCGCCAGCGUAAGGGCCGGUAUGUAUGCGCGAGAACUACGCAGUUGCCUUUCGGAAGAAUUAUUGCAGAUGCCGCGAUUGCGCAACGGGGGAAUACGUAUACAGGAAGCGCAGGGAUUCGCGCUAAAUCCGAUCUUUCAUCGGCGAACUGCAGCAGCGCGUUUCUCGAGUCCUUGCGCGAGGUCUGCAUGCAAUUAUAUUACAGCUCUGAGUGUCUGAGUGUCGUGUUUAUAAUGACGAAGAGGGAGAUUUGAAGAGGAAGACGCGGAAUGUGCGUGUAAAUGUUUGCAAAAAUAAUAAAUUUGUAGACGCGACGCGUUGAUUGUGCGGACGAUACCUUUGUCGAGAUUGCGUAUCUUUUGUAUACUGCGGACGAAGCUAAAUGAAAAAUGAAAUCUCGGGUUUUGUCGAGGAUACGCCGUUUUCCUUUCCUUUUACUGCGCCGCAGCUUGUGCUGCGCGAGUAUUGAACGAGACUGAAAGUUAGUUUGCAGGAUCGUUGGGUCCUUCUGUAAUUACUUUUAAUGGCUAUAGAGAAAUUCUCUCGGAGAAUGAUUUUGCUUAAAGUUUAUGCUGCGUCUGUUAUACAUUUCCAACUUGUUGUGAGGAGUGAAAAUCGUGUAUUGCUCAACUGCGCUUGUAUAAAUGAAACAAUAAAAGUUAUAUAACGAUUAGA